AUGCGCCUCCACACCGCCCUCGCCGCCGCCCUCCUCCCCGCCGCGCACUCGGCCGCCGUCCCCGCCGCCGUCCCCGCCGCCGCCCCCGCCGCCGCCCCCGCCGCCCCCGGCUCCGGCGACCACCAGGUCCUCCACCCCCAGAGCGACUGGUCCAGCCGGAACUGCAAGGAGGGCACCUUCCUCCCCGGCGGCGCCGAGUGGCUCCUCGCCAGCGCCUCCUGCAGCGGCCGCGACUUCCCCAACUUCGCGGCCGUCUGCUCCAGCAGCCACGACUUCGGCAACCCCAGCGCCCGCACCAUCAUCUCCGGCAAGUGCCCCAAGGGCCAGGUCUGCCUGCAGUACCACUCGUACAGCCUGUACAGCCAGCCCAUGUACGACGUCGCCUGCGGGCCCGCCGACCACAUGAUCCACUUCCCCGUCGACACGUACGCCCACGGCCCGCACUCCAUGUGCGGGCCGGCCUGGACAAACGACAAGGACCAGCACAUGCAUGCCAACUUUGUCAUCAACAUCUACAACGAGCACCAGACCGACAUCGAGCCCGCCCCCUCCAUCAUUUACCUGGUCGGCGGGCGCGUCAAGGGCAGCUACCGCAACGAGGCCGUCAUGCAGCAGCAGAUUGAUGUUCCGCCCCACGGCGCCGUCAAGGUGUGCGUCGGCGGCAAGCCGGGCCAGCUGCUGCACGUCAGGGCCGGCAUGUAUAAUGUUUUCUGGAGCUAG